AGCCAAUCAUAACAAAUCGGCAGUAGUGUGACGUUUUCCUUCAUUGCACACAGACGUGUCGUAUUAAAUUAUUUCACUUCGCAAAAGUUGUAACUUCAGACGAUCGUGUCUAAAUUGUAGCAAGUUAUUUUUAAUUUGCAAAAUUAUACGUUACCGGUUGUGAUACUCAGGCCCGCCGUAUGAACAGUGUGUUUUAAUAACAAAGUCGCAUUCGAUAUAACCUGUUUCUUAAUUCUUGGAACCGUGCAUGCUGUGUUCGAGACGAGACCUUGAUAACUAGUUCUUUGGACGAACGAAGAGACAGUUAUUAUAGGAUCAUGCUCGAGGAGGUACGUCUUUAGUUUACGUAUUGCGAACUCGGCGCGUGUGUAUGAUAAUAGUUUCGCUUAUUAGUGAGGUUUAAUUCGGUGCGUCCAAAGUUCGAUUAAAGGAUCGAAAUCGGUUGAGUGCAAACCGGGUAGUGAUAUGACGUUGUAACGGAAUGAGUGCGUUGGAGGGACCGCUGUGAGCCGUCCGCGGAGCCACGUCUAGCUAGCGUGAUGGACGCCAGCGGAGAGGCCGCUCUGCCCGUAGAGCGGAAUGACGGCGCCCAACCCCCCAACCUGAAUAUUAGCGAUGUCAUCGACGCGAUCACGCGCGCCGACCCGCUGUUCGGUGCGGGCCCCAUGAGCGUGGAGGCGAUGCCGCGCGCGCUGCCGCCCGCGCCCGGGCAGCCCUACGUGCGCAUCAUCGAGCAGCCCGCCGGGAAAGCGUUGAGGUUCAGAUAUGAGUGCGAGGGGCGGUCAGCGGGUUCGAUCCCGGGAGCGAACUCCACGCCGGAGCGGCGCUCCUACCCCACCAUCGAGGUGGUGGGCCACAAGGGCCCCGCCAUCAUCGUCGUGUCCUGCGUCACCAGAGAGGCGCCAUACAAACCGCACCCACACAACUUGGUGGGUCGUGAGAAGUGCGACGAGGGCGUGUGCACGGUGAAGACGACCAUCACAGAAGAGAACCCGCAGGUCUCGUUCAGCAACCUCGGCAUCCAGUGCGUGAAGCGCAAGGACAUCGCCAGCGCGCUCAAGACCAGGGAGCGGCUGCGCGUCGACCCCUUCAGGACCGGCUACAACCACCGCAACCAGCCGCAGGGCAUCGACCUGAACGCGGUGCGGCUCUGCUUCCAAGUGUUCAUUCAGGACGAGCGCACUAACCGCGUGCGGCACUCGCUGCCGCCCGUCGUGUCCGACAUCAUCUACGACAAGAAGGCGCUCAGCGACCUCAUCAUCACGCGCGUCAGCCACUGCUCGGGCUACGCCAAGGGCGACACCGAGGUCAUCCUGCUCUGCGAGAGGGUGACGAAGGAGGACGUGAUGGUGGUGUUCUUCCAGAAGGAAGGCGAGCGCGUGGUGUGGGAGGCCAACGCCAACGUGCUGAUGGUGCACCGGCAGUACGCCGUGGUGUUCCAGACGCCGCCCUACCGGAACCCGCACGAGCAGAGCCACGUGCAGGUAUACCUCCAACUGAAGAGAUCGUCAGACAACGCCAGAAGUAACGCGAUACCGUUCGAAUACAUCCCCAAUCACCAAGGUGCGGAUUAUUUAAAACAUAAGAGACAGAAAACGUUGUCGUCUUCUCUUAUGCAUUAUGAAGAAAGACUUGCUUACGGCGGCGAAUCGAUAAAAUUAGAACCGAAAGCAGACAAGACCCCGCCGCACCAGUCGAGCCCGCGCAGCGUGUUCUCGCCGACUUACGAGCCCGACCACGUGCAGGACCAGUACCAGCAGUGGCAGAUGCCCAACAUCAGCAUGGCCGGUCCGAGCCACAUUAGCUACAACCAGGACAUGCAGUGGGGCCAGAACUUCGCCCCGAUGCCCCAGCUCUCCCCCAGCAUGCAGGGCUCCCCCAACCUGCCCAGCAUGGCGACCACCCUGCAACCCAUGACCAACUACCUCCAGCAGAACACGCUGCAACCCAUACAAUCCUUGUCACCGAACAUGCAAGCCAUGUCACCGAACAUGCAGACCAUGUCACCUAAUAUGCAGGCCAUGUCACCUAAUAUGCAGGCCAUGUCACCUAACAUGCAGGCCAUGUCACCUAACAUGCAGAUGGGGCAAGUGUUGUCCCCUGUGGGAUGCAUCUCCCCGCUGGCCCACGGCGGCAUGUCACCGAACAUGGGGCACGUGUCACCCACGAUGGGGCACAUCUCGCCCAAUUUAAUACAACAGCAACAACAGUUGCCCCAACAAGAUCUGCUAGAAGGAGCCGGCACGAGCGACACGCCCUCUCUCACGGGCCUCCUCAUGGAGAGGGGGGAGGGCAUGCAGUUCUCGGGAGAGUUCUCCGGGCUCUCCUCCCUGCUGGACGCGCGGGGCCCGGACCUCAGCGACAGCCUCAACCGGCUCUCCACCAGCGACCUGCUGCACUAACCUGGACUGCUAGAACAUUCUAUAUGAUAUGUUGGUAGUGAAGUGACUUGUGCAGUUAAAACAGUGAACAUACAAUAAAACUUACUGAUACCGAGUGUGCCUUCUAAUGAGAUGUGUGAAGUAAUUUAGGAGUGUUGCAAAAUCUGUAGUGCACAAAACAAGUAAUGUAAUAAAUUGUGAACAUUGAUAUAACCCGACAAAUUCAAGCGAUCAUUAGUUUUGUGAAAUCUAUUGAAGAAAUCUAAAACAAAUGAAGGUGAUAGAAUAAAUCGAAUGAGUUUAUGACAAAUUUCCGCAAAGUAACACCAACUUCUAUUCAAGUAUAAACAUCUCAUCAACAAUAUAUAUCUGAAUCCUUCUUUUUAAAUUGGUUAAAUUGACCCCUCACUCUGAACAAAAUUUGUUUGUUAAGUCCAUCAUGCAUUGUCACUUAAAACAUGCACUAAUAGUUAAAAUUAUUCUAGAAAGUACAUAAAACUAUCUUGUCAUGAUCACAGUCUAUGCAACUGGUAUGAAUAGGGUUAUUAUAUUAAAAUAAUUAUUGUAUGUAGGUGUACAUAUAUAUAAUAUAAUGUUUAAUUAAUAUCCUAAAGCCAACAAGCAGGAAUUUGCACUCUGAAAUAAAUUGUCACUAUUUCUACUCGAGACUUUUCUGUAUAAAACGCCUCAUUCCGACACAGACUAAUCGCAAUUGUAACAAUUACCUCCCUUUGGGAAAAGCUCACGAACCAGUGUGAAAAUGAUAUUUAGAGGAUCUCUAUCAGAAUAGAUAUUUGCUCCUCAUAAAAUAUAACAAUCGAAAAUCAAUACCUGUAAUGAGAAUGUUACAAAUAUGUAUGGCAUGAUAAAACAAUUUUUUUUGACUUUAAAUUCAUUAACCUUCUUCUUCUUCAUAUUACAUUAAUAGACAUUUUUUGGAAUAUUUGACAAGGUUUUAUAUAGGAUAAAGAAUUAAAUGUGAUCUUGAAUUAAAUAAGGAAUAUAAUAAAAUAACUGCAGAAGUCCUCUCCUAAGAUUAGAUUAUAAAGUUGUCAGUCAUGGAAGAUAGAGUGUUGGAUUAUUUUUUUAUUAAAUAAAUAAAAAAUCAAAAUAAUGAAAAAAAAUCGUAGUGUAAAAUUUAGGAAUAUAAUUUUAUCUCUGAAACUCUUGAAAAGUGUUGCCAGAAUAUCCUAUUGUGUAUGUAAUUGUCUAAAUUGUAAAUCAGAACAAUGAAAAUAUAUAUAUAUACUUAAGUUCUUGUUACUCUGGGUAGCUACUUUGACCAAAAUAUAUAUAAUAAUUAUGUGCUAAGCAUGAGAUGAGCUUUACUCCAAUGUUUUUAUAAUAAUACCUUGAAGUAGCUUAGGUUCACUUCAAAUCUAUACAUGUACAGAAUGUACAGUAGGCAAUGAUAAUUUGGUACUAUAGAUCGGUUACGUCCCUACAAAAUCACCGCAAAAAGUGAUCCGUAUAAUAGGCUACAAAAUUGAGCGCACACACGCACAAUUUUGUCUUUAAUUCCAUUAUUUAUUUAUAUAUGUAUAGUCACAGAAAACAUAUGUUGGUACAGUUUUUACACUUCCUGAACACACAACUCUACAUUGCAUACGAUAUUUAGGUAUUAUUUGUUUAAAUAACGUUCGUUGUUGACCACAACUAACAUUGAGAUGUGGAAAUUUCCUCUUUUGAGUGCCUCAUUUUUCAUACACAUCUAACAGUAUUUAACAUCUUUGCCUACAACAGACUUGAAUCUUAUAGCAAAGACGUAAAAUUAACAAAAUGCUGAACCUUAGAACUGUAAACAUAAAAAAAGAAGUGCAAUUUACUUUUGUUGUUAUUAAUCAAAAAAUAAUAAGAAAAUUAGGUUUGUUUUUAAAAUGUUAUAUGAAAAAUUUGUACAAUAUUUUAUCGGGCAACACUGGUGCUCCUUUUUAAAAAAGGUGACAAAAAUUUUCAGAGAAAUAUGCUUGAAAUGUAAAAAUGAAGUGUUUUAAAAUAUGGUAUUUUUUGUGCUAUUUUAAUGUAUAAUUUUUUCAAAAUUGAAAAUUCAUUUAUUUCAAGUAGGCUCAGUUUACAAGCACUUUUGAUACGUCAGUUGACUAUUUGUAAAGAUUCUACCACCGGUUCGGAAGGCAGGUUCAGUUGAGAAGAAACCGGCAAGAAACUCAACAGUUGCUCUUUAAAAAAAACAUACAAUAUUAUAAUAGACAACAUUAAAAUUUCUUAAAGUUUUACUUCCUGUGUGAAGGUGGAAGCUGAUCCAAUGGCCUCUAAUUCUUUAUCAUUGAGGAACUCAUCAAUGGUGUAGUAAUAUCUAUUUAUAUACAUUUCAAGUAUAACUUUCUCUGACUAUGCUAACAUGAUGUACUACAUUGUGAUAAUUUUAAAUAAAAACUAGGCAUAAAUGCCUUAGCAAAGUUAGGAAUAUAUUUUAGGUUAAACAUAUGAUAACUUCCAGUACCAUUUCUACUGGUUUAGAAAUGACUAUUUGGAACCAAAUCUGACACAUGUUUCAGCUGUUUUUUUAAAUGUUGAUGAACAAUGUUGCGAAAAUUACUUUUUUUUAUCACCAUUAGGUAUAUUAAACAAAGUGACAGUAAUGUGAAUAUACAAAUAGAAACAAAUCAAUAAGUAAAUGAAUUUUUCAUUAAAAUAUAUUUUUACGUUUUCUUUUUUUCAUACUUUGUAAUAAAUUAGGUAUGAUAUAAAAAUGUAUAAUUUUAAAUCAGACAAAAUAGGUUUAUUUGCUAAAAUGUUAUUAAAUUGAGAUUGAAUUCUGUGAGAUUUAUAAGUAAGAGAUAUUUUUUAAUAAUUGUUUUACAUGUGAAUAAUUUUAUUGUUAUGUCUAAAUUGGAAGCAGGAAGUAAUGUAUAUUAUAAUAUAAUAGUACAUUAUGAUAUAAGUGCGGUAAGUUGAAAAUUACAGCCGAGGCGAUAUUGCAGCUCGAGGCAAAGGCAAGAGCUAUAGUAAUGAAGCAGAGGCUGUAAUUGUCAAAGCGCACGUAUGUCAUACGACGUUUUAUAACACAUUUGCAAGGAAACACACUUCCUGAAAAGGAAUUUGCAUCUUUGCCUGUUUUCCUUACGAUGACAUUUUGAUAUGCUUGUCAUAUUUGCACAGAUAGCGAAGAGCGUGCGUUUUUUUGCACCAAAAUCAGCCAGUAUUACUUAUAAUGUAAAUUAAUAUUUUCGUGUUUUUGUUACAGAUAAAUGGUUGACAUUUAUUGUCAAAAUUAUUAAAAUGAGGGAAUUCAAUGUUUUUUUAUUAUAUUUUAUCUCACAAAGUUAUUUUUAUUCAUAAAAUGUUGCGCACUUUUCUGACAUAUAAACUCUUUGGGAAGAUUUUUAAAAAUACUGUUUGGUUUUAGACGGAUGGUAAAGGUUCUAUAUUACUUUACGGCACAUGUGCAUUUUACCUUACAUUACGUCACAUGUACGUAGUGAGAUACAUUGCAAUAUUGAAAUUGAUGAAAUAAGCUAUACUUUACGAGCAAAUGUGUUAUAGAAACUGUUAAAAGAUUAUGGUUAUGAUUUGUUACCAAAUAUUGAGGAAUUCAUUUAUCUACCUAAUUCUCAACAUUAUUUCAUCACAAGAAUAUAUUUCCCUAUAUUUGUGCACCAUGCCCUUAAUUUCUUUCAUGACAAUUAAAAUAGGUUGAUAUCAUAUCUUCAUUGACUUAAAAAUAAUACAUUUUCUUGUGUAUUUCAUGAUGCAUAAUACAGUCUACAUUCAUUGUACCUACUGUUCACUAGUAUCUAUUUGUAUUGUCAUAGAUGUAAUAAAAAGUCUAUUUUAUUCGUCUAUACAACGAUGAUAUUAUACUAUAGAUAUGUUACGUGCCUACAAAAGCACCGCACACAAGCACAAUUGUGUGUUUACUUACAGUAUAUAUUUAUGUAAUUAUAAAUAGUUUUUACAAUUCCUGAACACACAAUUCGACAUCAUAGACAAUAUUUAGGUAUCGCUUGUUUAAAUAACUAUCAUUGUUUACAAUGCGAAUAAAUGAAAUUAAGACAAUUAGCUACUUUUGUCCGCCUCAGUGUCGACGCGCUAGUGACAUAUCUCCAGUAUAAAAUGUCGUUGAGUCUAUGUGUAUUGUAAUGAAAUUCCAAUGUUCUCAAGAAAAUUUAUUAUGUUUAUAAAACAUCACGGUAAUUAUGUUUACGUGCAAUAAUAUAAGUACGCAUUUAAUGUGUUAAGUUACAAUUGUUGUCAUAUUUUUUAAAACUUGAAUGAAUAAAUAUUUGACAAUA